CUGUGCCAUCACUCAAUGCAGCUUCUCUGGAACACCGCAGCAGAGAAGUGUGAUGGGUGCGAUAUCCGCACGUGUGGAGGUUGGCUCUGCUCUGGAGCCAGGCUAUGUUCACCUGAACAGGAGAAGGAUCCAGGGAGACCUCAGAGCCCUUCCAGAGGCACGGAUGGGAUUUUGGGAAGGAAUUCUUCCCUCUGAGGGUGCUGAGGCCCUGGCACAGGGUGCCCAGAGCAGCUGAGGCUGCCCCUGGAUCCCUGGAAGUGCCCAAGGCCCGGCUGGAUGGGGCUUUGAGCAGCCUGGGACAGUGGGAGGUGUUGGGGUUGGAACUGGAUGGGCUUUAAGGUCCCUCCCAACCCAAACCAUCCUGGGGUUGUGUGACAGUGGAAGGCACAGCAGAAUGAAGCUUCUCCACCAUCUGUGCCCAGCUCUGGCCCCUCAGUUUGGGAAGGAUGUUGAGAUGCUCAGGCGCAUCCAGAGGAGGCAACGAGGCUGGAGAGGGGCUGGGAACACAAACCCUGUGAGGAAUGUUUGAAGGAGCUGGGGGUGCUCAGCCUGGAGAAGAGGGGGCUCAGAGGUGCCCUUAUUGCUCUCUACAACUCCUGCAGGGAGGCUGCAGACAGGUGGGGCUGGUCUCUGACAGAACCAGAGGACGCAGCCUCCAGCUACGCCAGGAAAGGCUCCACAGGAGCACAGCAGAGGAGCCUCACAUCCUGCUGGAGUGCGACAGCAGCGUCCUGGACUCCAUCCAGCAACACCUGAAGCUCUACAAGAUCCGCAGGAAAGUCACCAUCACCCCCUGCCCCGACCUCUCCCUGUGGGCUGUCAUCCCUGGGGACACCAGCUCCCUCCCAAAAUGUGCAGACCAGGCUCUGCUCCUCACCCCUGACCCCAGGGCAGAAGUCAUGGGCUGGAGACUGAUUGCAAAGAAAGGAGCAAAUCUGUCAGAGAUUAUCCCUGGGAGCCAAGUUGGAGACGUGCAGGAUUACCACAGGCACAGGUAUAAACAAGGAAUCCCUGAAGGGGUGAAAGAUCUCCCCCCUGGAGUCGCCCUGCCCCUGGAAUCCAACCUGGCCUUCAUGAACGGCAUCAGCUUCACCAAGGGCUGCUACAUCGGCCAGGAGCUGACGGCCAGGACCCACCACAUGGGCGUGAUCCGCAAGCGCCUGCUGCCCGUCACCUUCCCGGGGCCCCUUCCCCCUGCCGGCAUCCCCGAGGGCGCUGACAUCCUCACCCAGGCGGGGAAACGUGCUGGAAAGUUCCGUGCUGGAGGAGGAGAGCUGGGCAUAGCCCUGCUGAGGCUGGCUCACCUCCAGGAGCCGCUCUGCAUCCCCCUGGCAGGGCACAGGCUGGAGCUCAGGGCCACCACGCCCGAGUGGUGGCCGAAAGGGGCUGCUAAGUAGGCGAGGGAGCAGCUCAGGGAGAGGUUGGGGUGGGUUGGAUGGGGAAUUUGGGAAUGCUGCUGUUCUGUGGGGAGGGGCUUGCAGGAUUCCUCACAGCAGGAACCCAAAGCUGUGGCAGAUCACUGGGUUGGAUCUGCUGUGGAGAGAAAAAUCCAGGGAAUUGCAGUUUUUCCUAAGGCUAAUCCCCACUUUUUUAGGGGUGCCAUGACUUGUUGGGACCCUCUGUAUUUAGGGGGUGCCCUGCGUUGUUGGGUUGGACUCUGGAUGGGUCUCCAGGCUGACACUCACUCCCUCAGACUGUGCUCUCCCAAGCAAUGGGAUCAGGACUUUCCCUGGUCCAUGCACUGAUUUUUCAGUUCAGAAUUACCAUUCUGAGGUAUUAUAAUUUUAUUGGUUCACAAUAACCAUUCUGAGAUACUAUAAUUCUAUUGGUUCACAAUAACCAUUCUGAGAUACUAUAAUUUUAUUGGUUCACAAUAACCAUUCUGAGAUAUUAUAAUUUUAUUGGUUCACAAUAACCAUUCUGAGGUAUUAUAAUUCUGUUGGGGUUUUUUGAGUGGAGAUCAUGCUGCUCUUAUUAAGAUGUAUUCUCAGGCUGAAGUUUUUUUGCUGCAAAUUGUUUCUUGCAUUGAGCUUCUUCAACUUGCUGAUGGGGCUGGUGUUUCUUCCCACCACUGGAAGGAACACCUUGUGCUUCACAUGUCAAACCUUGAUUUUAACUCAUCCCAGCUGAGGUUAAAAGGUCUCAAACCUCCUGUCCUGUCUCCUGCUUUGGUGCCAGUGGAGGGAGCAGUUCCUGUGACUCCCUUCACUCAAACCAUUUUUUUAGGAGAGGAAAGGGAUGUUUUCAAUGCCACAUGUGCUGGCUUGGCCUGGCCUUGCUGAGGAGGGAUUUUCACCAUGUUCUGGCUCUUUCUGUGCCCUUCACCCUGUCCCUGCUGCCACCUGCAGCUGGGGUUUUCUCCAUCCACCACCCCAGGGUUUUCAGAGCAGCCCAAUGCCUGGGCAUUUCUUUGCUUCAUUUUUUCUGGCUGCCAACACCCCUCUGCUUCUCCAAUUUUUCUUCUUGCAACAUAUUCCUCUUAUUAUCAUAUUCCUCUUUUAUUCCAAAGCCAACCAGCUCUGUGCCUCCUGGCCUUGUAAACCUGCAGUGAUUUAUAGGAACCCUUUUUAUUUUUGUAUUGUAAUCAAUCCAUUACACAAUGAGAGAGCUGCCCAGGUGAGAUCCUAUUUAGUCUAAAACAAAACCAAAAAAGCCUUUGCAUGAAUAUUUGUAACAAAACCCGUCCCAAAUCACAUUCUGCCUCUGUUUUAGUGUUACUGUGAAUGGAAUUUGUCUGUAAAAAAAAUGCUUAUAUUGAUUAAAAUUCUAUGGUUGCUGUAAAA